CGCGAUAGGCAGGUGGAGCUCCGCCGGCUCUCCCUCCCUCUCACACUUCGCAUGUGGUGCUGUGGUCAUCAGUCUCGCAAUGGAGUGUCUGGUAUGAGCACACGGUCGACAUGCCCGUGAUCGACGUGUCAGCUGUUGAUGCGGUCCAGUGAGCCCGGGGUCCAAGAAGGCAGCAACAGCACUUCUGCCCGACAUCCAGCCUGGCCGAUGCAGCUCCACCUCCACGUCAAACAGGGCGUAUAUGCGUUCAAGUUUGACUGCAACACAGGUAUAUUCAUUACAUUUGCAAUGGAAGAUAAUCGGACCAUAAUUCCCAAGCACCAGUCUUACUGUAUAUACGUAUGUGUGGAUGAAUGCUGGACGACCCUUCCCUUCCUUGGAUCCAUUUUUCCAACAUUCUCUUCGCUUCAAUCUCUUCUUCAUUCGCGGACUGGACUUGAUCUUACUCAACCCUUCCUCUUCACUUUGACGGACCCGGCAUAACUCCUCAUCAUGGGUUCGAUCGAGGCGCCAGUCUCUGGCAUCAGGAUAUCUAUUGACCGAGGAGGCACUUUCACCGAUUGUGUCGCAACCGUGCCUGGGCAGAGCGACAUUGUCAUCAAAUUGCUCUCCGUGGACCCCGAUCACUACCCCGAUGCACCGGUCGAGGCGAUCCGCCGGGUGUUGGAGCAAGCGACCAGGAAAUCGUAUCCUCCGGGUCAGAAGAUCUCCCUGCGAGGAGUUGAAUCAAUCAAAAUGGGUACUACGGUGGCCACUAAUGCACUUUUGGAAAGGAAAGGCCAACAGACCGCUUUUGUUGUCACCCAGGGGUUGAAGGAUCUUCUACACAUUGGCAACCAGUCAAGACCGGACUUGUUUGACCUGACCAUUAGUCGGCCAGAGGUUCUCUACAGCAAAGUGAUCGAGAUUGCCGAACGGGUGACUUUGGAAGACUGGACAGAAAGCAACCAGCCGCCACGGCAGCUUGAUGUUGGCCACGACCCAGCCCUUGUCAAAGGAGUGACUGGCGAGGUCGUGCGGAUCUUGGAGCCUAUCGAUCUCUCGACAACACGGCGACUGCUCCAGCAGGUGUAUGACGAGGGGUAUCGAUCAAUAGCAGUCUGCCUGAUGCACAGCUACACAUUCCGCGACCACGAAAAGAUGGUGGGCCAGAUGGCAUCCGAGAUUGGGUUCACGCAUAUCUCAUUGAGCGCCGACCUGUCCCCAGUCGUGAAAAUCGUGCCGAGAGGAAACUCUUCCACUGCCGAUGCGUACCUGACUCCGGAGAUCCAGAAGUAUAUCGCCGGCUUCGUCUCCGGAUUCGAAGACCUGUACGAAAGUGGAUGUCGAUGCGAGUUCAUGCAGAGCGAUGGCGGUCUCGUGGAAUUUUCUCACCUUUCAGGAUUACGAGCUAUUCUGUCCGGACCGGCUGGAGGUGUUGUCGGAUACGCCCGGACGUCUUACGAUGAGGAGAAGAAAACUCCAAUCAUCGGAUUCGAUAUGGGUGGUACCUCGACCGACGUGUCACGGUACGCUGGAGAGCUGGAGCAGAUCUUCGAGACGACAACCGCCGGAGUUACUAUCCAAAGCCCUCAACUGGACAUCAAUACCGUCGCGGCCGGUGGAGGUAGCAUCUUGACGUGGCAAAGUGGAAUGUUCAAAGUCGGCCCUGAGAGCGCUUCGGCCCAUCCUGGACCAGCCUGUUAUCGGAAAGGCGGUCCUUUGACAGUAACGGAUGCCAACUUGAUCCUAGGGAGAAUCCGCCCCGAGUUCUUCCCGAGCAUCUUUGGUCCAAACGAGGACUUGCCUCUGGACAUCGAGGCCAGUAAAGCUCUCUUCGAAAAGUUGGCGGUCGAAAUCAACAACUCGGUGGAAACUAAGCUGAGUGUCGAGGAGAUAGCGGCAGGAUUCUUGGAUGUUGCCAACGAAGCCAUGUGUAGACCCAUCCGGACACUCACAGAGGCGAAAGGAUACGAUGCAAGCCAACAUCACCUUGCGGCUUUUGGUGGAGCUGGAGGCCAGCAUGCAGCUGAUAUCGCGGAAAGACUGGACAUCUCCCGGGUGUUGAUUCACAAGUACUCUUCUCUGCUGUCUGCCUACGGCAUGGCGCUGGCAGACGUGGUACAAGAAGAACGCAGUCCUUCGGCUCUGACAUACUGUGAGGAAAAUCUGCCCACGUUUGCUGCCGAGCUUGAUCGCCUGCAAGUCAAGGCAGAAAAGGUUCUCCUCAGCCAAGGCAUUAAACCCUCUCGUAUCACUUCCGAGAGGUAUCUGAAUAUGCGCUUCCACGGCAGUGACACCCCACUGAUGGUUCACCAACCCAGUGAUGGGGAUUUCGUCAAGAAAUUCAAGGAGAUUCAUCUCCAGCAGUUCGGUUUUCUGCCCUCGAAUCGACGGAUUAUCGUUGACGACUAUCGGGUUCGCUCUAUUGGCCACAGCUUCCUUGAUUUACCAACGCCAUGGGCCAAGGAGCUGGCACAGUUCAGCACUUUUUCGACCCCCAAGGCAGAUCUGACCAAGAAGGUCUACUUCAAGUCCACCGGCUGGUAUGACACGCCUCUGUACAAUCUCAAGCUCCUGCGGCCAGGCUCCCGAAUUGCCGGACCCGCGUUGAUAAUCGACAACAACCAGACCAUCAUCAUCACCCCUCAAUCCGUCGCCACAAUUUUAUCAAACAUGGUAGUCAUAGAUGUCGCCGCCAGCAAAAAGAAUCCGAUCUCCGAAACGACGGUCGAUCCUAUUCAACUCUCCAUUUUCGGACAUCGAUUCAUGGGUGUCGCCGAGCAGAUGGGUCGGUCGCUCCAAAAGACUAGCGUCAGCACCAAUAUCAAGGAGAGGCUGGACUUUUCGUGCACCGUCUUCUCACCAGAUGGAGGCUUGGUUGCAAAUGCUCCUCAUGUGCCCGCGAUGAUUGGCAGCAUGGCAUUCGCUGUGAAGUGGCAGAUCGAUCACUGGAAGGGAGAUUUGCGGCCCGGAGACGUUAUCUUGUCCAAUUCGCCAAUCUGUGGAGGCACUCAUUUGCCUGAUCUGACCGUCAUCACCCCGAUUUUCGAUGAAGCAGGCGAGAAGAUUAUCUUCUGGACUGCCUCGAGAGGCCACCAUGCAGAUAUUGGUGGUGUCUUACCAGGGUCGAUGCCACCAAACUCGAAAGAACUGUGGGAAGAGGGUGCGGUCAUCAAAGCAUUCAAGGUCGUCGAGAAUGGCGAAUUCAAAGAAGAAGAACUCACUGCACUGCUGAUGGAGCCACAAAAAUAUCCCAACUGCAGCGGCACUCGAUGUCUUCGUGACAACAUCUCAGAUAUCAAGGCCCAGGCGGCGGCCAACCACCGUGGGAGUCAGUUGAUCCAUUCGCUGAUCAAAGACUACGGCCUGGAAAUUGUUCAGUUUUACAUGGAACAAAUCCAAAGCGCGGCCGAGCUUGCCGUCCGUGAUAUGCUGCGGGCCAUUUACAAAAAGACAUCCGGCAAGCCCUUGUAUGCGACCGACUACAUGGACGACGGCACGCGGAUUUGCUUAAAGGUGACCAUCGACCCGGUUAGCGGCGGUGCGGUUUUCGACUUUGAAGGUACAGGGCCCGAGGCAUAUGGCAAUUGGAACGCGCCCAUCGCCAUCUGUCAUUCCGCAAUCAUCUUCGCGCUACGAUGCAUGGUCAACAUGGAUAUUCCCCUGAACCAGGGCGCAAUCCGUCCUGUCGAGGUCAAAAUCCCCAAGGACUCGCUGCUCAACCCUGGCCCCACCGCUGCCGUGUGUGCAGGCAACGUGCUCACAUCGCAGCGCAUUGUGGAUGUCAUAUUCCGUGCCUUCAACGCCGUGGCAGCCAGUCAGGGGUGCAUGAACAACUUGACGUUUGGGUCAGACGAUGCAGAGAAUGGAUUCGGAUAUUAUGAGACCAUCUGCGGCGGGUCUGGCGCCGGGCCUGGCUGGAAGGGCACCAGUGGCGUGCACACCAAUAUGACGAACACGCGCAUCACUGACCCGGAGAUCCUGGAGCGGCGGUAUCCCGUUGUUUUACGGCAGUUCUCCCUGCGUGAAGGCAGUGGAGGCCGCGGCCUCUAUCCAGGAGGCGAUGGCAUUGUUCGAGAUAUUGAAGUUUCCAUCCCCAUGAAAGUCUCCAUUUUGAGCGAAAGAAGAUCAUUCGCACCAUAUGGCCUGAUGGGUGGUGGUGACGGCGAAAGAGGGCAGAAUCUCUGGAUCAGGAGCGACGGCCAUGUCAUCAAUCUCGGUGGGAAGAACACUGCGUCCAUGAAGGCCGGCGAUAGAAUUGUCAUUCUGUCACCGGGAGGAGGAGCUUGGGGAAGCGCUGAAGAGUCUCCACCGGCUGAACAGUGCUACACACCGGUUGUAGAAAAGACGAAGAAAUUCCGACCGGCGGCAAAUGGAAGCGUUGACAUAAUUCAGAGCAUGGGAGAGUCGGCUUGAUUGAGGCCAACUCACAGGUUUAUGAUUGCAUGGAGCCAACGUUGCUUUGCGUUGUGAGCACCAGGUCAAGUACAUGCUACAUACUGCAGUGUCGUCGGCAACGGACGAGUGCCAAGCCGUCGAUGAUGUGCCCGAUCACAUGACGUGUCAAGUCACGUGCGAAGGGGACACGUAGUAAGCUGUAUGCUGUCAAAUUUAAAUGAACUUCUACAAUCAUG